GGGUGGGGCUUCGGCUCUAGGAGUCACAGCGCUGGAUCCAAGAACACAGUUCUACCGGCAUCUCUGACUGUGGCCAGGCCUCCGCACCACUAGCCCUCGGUGUGGCCCAUAGCAUCAUCGGCUCCACACACAGGGCCUCCCUAGCAAUCCACACAGUCAUGUCGUCACACAUCCGCGUAGCGCUGGUGACCGGGGCCAAUAAGGGCAUCGGCUUCGCCAUCGUGCGCGACCUGUGCCGGCAGUUCUUCGGGGAUGUGGUGCUUACGGCACGGGAUGAGGCGCGGGGACGGGCGGCAGUGCAGCGGCUCCAGGCCGAAGGAUUGAGCCCCCGCUUCCACCUGCUGGACAUCGACGACCUGCAGAGCAUCCGCGCCAUGCGCGACUUCCUGCGCGAGGAGUACGGGGGAUUGGACGUGCUGGUCAACAACGCGGGCAUCGCCUUUGAUAGUAAGAAUGUGGGAACUCUUAGGCCAGGAGACCUCCCUUAGGGGACCAGCCAGGGUGGGUUUGGGGCUGGUGUCUAAACCGCUGCUCUGGGGUCCAGAGCUCUGAGGGGAUCUAGAACAGCCUCCCUAGGGAAGAAGAUGGACUGGAGACACAGGGAGAGCAGGACCCUCCAGCAGUUGCAAGCAUUUC